AGGUGGGCAGCGUAAAGCUCACUCUGCCCCCGGACUGGUCCUCUCGCUCAACCGAACGCACUAUAGCCUACCCACAGCCUCUCUCACACGCACACACGCGCAUCCACAGACACACACACAUACACAGACACUGGAACGCUGAAACGAGGCAGACCUGGAAACACGGGGCGCGUCAAUUAGCGCUCCUCCAACGGAUCCCUGGUGUGGACCUUUUUAAUUUUUCAUCACAGCCUCCUUGGAUUUUUCUCAUGUGGCUUUUUGCGCAUAGAGCCCGGACGCUGCCGAGGUGUGUUUGAGCAACUGAGCCAUUUCGGAGAUGAAGACAAACGCUCGGUGAAUGGGAAACACCAACACGGAGGAACCGCUACUUUUCCCCCAUCCCGACCAACACGCUCACCCUUCCGUCGGCGAGAUUUGUGCAGCCGAGACCGGAGCCGGUGUCUGCGCUCUGCGGGGCCGGGCGCGCGUCGUCUGGGAGGAGUAGGGAGAAGGAGGAUGGAGGGGUUUUUCACAGAGGGGGCCCGUGUUUGGGUCAGAGAGAAGGAGCAGCUGGUCCCCGCCACGGUCAACUCCUGUGGAGAUGGAACGCUUGUCGUCACGACCGACUAUGGAGAGGUGUUGUACCUGCAGCAGGCGGAGCUCACCAGGCAGCGGGUGUACGCUAUGCACCAGUCCAGCAUCGAUGGGGUGGAAGACAUGUCAGCACUGGCUGAGCUGCACGAGGCCGCCAUCAUGCACAACCUGUACCAGCGCUACCAGAAGGAUAACAUCUAUACUAAUAUCGGCAGCAUCCUGGCAGCCGUCAACCCCUACAAGCAGAUCUCAGGUCUGUACGACCCAGAGAGGGUGGACUUGUACUCCAAGCACCAUAUAGGGGAGCUCCCUCCGCACAUUUUUGCUGUGGCCAAUGAAUGCUACCGCUGCAUCUGGAAACGCCACGACAGUCAAUGUGUCCUCAUCAGUGGUGAAUCAGGGGCAGGAAAAACGGAGAGCACCAAACUGUUGCUUCAGUUCCUGUCGGUGAUGAGCCAGAAGUCAGCCGGGACUCCUCCAUCGGAGAAAAGUACACGAGUGGAGCAGGCCAUUGUACAGAGCAGUCCGAUCAUGGAAGCAUUUGGUAAUGCUAAGACUAUUUACAACAACAACUCCAGUCGCUUUGGGAAAUUCAUCCAACUUCACUUCUCUGAGGGCGGCAACAUCCAGGGAGGCUGCGUGAUUGACUAUUUACUGGAAAAGAACCGAGUGGUGCGACAAAACCCUGGAGAACGAAACUACCACAUCUUCUACGCUCUGCUGGCAGGAGCUAACAAAGACCAUAAAAGCCUCUACUUCCUGGAGGACCCUCCCGAAUCUUUCCACUACCUCAGCCAAUCAGGAUGUCUGAAGGACAAGAGCCUGAAUGACAAAGAACUGUAUAACAGUGUUAUGGAGGCGCUGAAGGUGCUGGAGUUCACAGAGGAGGAGAUCAGAGACAUGUUUAAGCUGCUGUCAGGAGUCUUACAGCUGGGAAACGUCGAGUUCAUGACUGCAGGAGGAGCCCAGAUCACCACCAAGCAAGUGGUCACUAAUGCCAGUGAGCUGCUAGGCCUGGAUGCCUUCCAGCUGUCUGAAGUCCUGACUCAGCGCUCCAUAAUCCUCAGAGGAGAGGAGAUCUGCUCGCCACUCACUAUAGAGCAGGCCGUGGAUUCCCGGGACUCUGUAGCCAUGGCAUUAUAUUCCCAGUGUUUCUCCUGGAUCAUCCUCAAGAUCAAUCAGAAGAUCAAAGGGAAGGAAAACUUUAAAUCCAUCGGCAUCCUUGACAUCUUUGGCUUUGAGAACUUUGAGGUGAAUCGGUUUGAGCAGUUUAACAUCAACUAUGCCAACGAGAAACUGCAGGAGUACUUCAACAAGCAUAUCUUCUCCCUGGAGCAGCUAGAGUACAACAGGGAAGGUGUCCAGUGGGACGCAAUAGACUGGAUGGACAAUGCAGAGUGUCUCGACCUUAUAGAGAAGAAACUGGGACUGUUGGCACUUGUGAAUGAAGAAAGUCGAUUUCCCAAAGGAACAGACUUCACUCUGCUGGAGAAGUUGCACAGCAGACACUCUACAAACCCUUACUACGUCAAGCCCAGACUCGCUGAUCAUCAGUUUGGAAUUAAACAUUAUGCCGGGGAGGUCCUGUAUGACGUGAAAGGGAUCCUGGAGAAGAACAGAGACACCUUCAGAGACGACAUCCUAAACAUGCUCAAGGACAGCAGACUGGACUUCAUCUACGACUUGUUUGAGAAGGUUGGCAGCAGGAACAAUGAGGAAAAGAUGGGAACGGCCAGACGCAAACCCACCGUGAGCUCCCAGUUCAGGGACUCCCUCCAUGCUCUCAUGGCCUCUCUGAGUGUAGCCAACCCUUUCUUCAUUCGCUGCAUUAAGCCCAACAUGGAGAAGAAUCCAAGUGUGUUUAACCCAGAAGUUGUCCUGAACCAGCUGAGGUAUUCUGGGAUGUUGGAGACUGUGAAGAUCCGUCGGGCUGGGUUCCCCGUCCGCAGAACUUUCAAAGAUUUCGUCUCUCGGUAUAAAAUCAUUCUGAAAGAGAAAUCAUCAUCAGCAGCAGCAGGAGGAGGAGAUGAUAAGAAGAGAAGCACAGACCUUCUCCUCAAAUAUGACAAGACCAAGAAAGACUGGCAGUUAGGCAAGACCAAGGUGUUUAUGAAAGAGUCUCUUGAGCAGCGAUUAGAGAAAGACAGAGAUGAAGUCCGACGCAAAGCUGCCAUGAUAAUUCGAGCCCACCUACUCACUUUCUCUGCCAAGAAGCACUUCAAGUGUGUACGCGCCAGUGUCGUCACCCUUCAGAAGCACUUCAGGAAGCACAUCCAACGCCGACGGUUCGUGAAGCGACGUAAGGCCACGCUGGUGCUGCAGAAACACCGGCGAGGUCAGGUGGCGCGUACGCGAGUUCGAAAACUCAGAGAGGAGAAGCAGAAGAGGGAGGAAGAAGAGAAGGAGAAAGACGAGGAGGAGAAGAAGAAGGUGGCGGGCGAAGGGGAGCAGGAGGAAGCGAAGGAAGGAGCAGAGAAGGCUAAAUCGUCAGAGGACAGUGCUUCUUCUUCAGGUGACGCCCGGCAGAUGGAGGACAUCCUGCAGUUGGAGCGAGAGAUCGAGCGCUUGCAGAAGAAGAGAGAGGACGAGGUGUCCCAGCUGUGUGAGUCUUCCAAACAGGAGCUUCAACUCCGCCGAGAUGCUGAGCUCAAACGGAUGACGAAGGAGGCGUCUCGCAAGGCCACGGAGCUCAUCGACCUCUCCAACUUCGGAGGCGUGGACACUUCGCUGGGAGCAGCCGCAGCCAAGCCUGCUGCGGAGGCCAAAGCUCCAAAAGCUGCAAGUGCCACGAGGGGUGCGUCUAAAGAGGAAGAGGUGGACGAGGGCUUUCAUGCUGAAGAGGAGUGCAUCCCUCUCCCUGACUUCCCUCCUCCUGCUGAGACGGAUGCUCCUAUCGAUCAGGAUAUAUUUGCUCACCUCCCGCCUCCUCCGCCUGCUUUUGCAGAGGGCACAGUGCCCCCUGCACCACCUCCUCUGCCCACGGACGGAAAUCCUCCCCCUCCUCCUCUCCCUUCACCUGGAGAUGGCUCCCUUGUCCCUCCUCCUCCGCCACCUCCCCCAGGACAGGGGGAGAAGGAAAAUGGAACUAAAGCAGACCCGGAGAGGAAGGUGAGCAUGGUGGAAAGCCUGGGGGACGGGGAGGAGCCCAUCUACAGCAUGCCGGCCGACACCGAGUCAGAUUAUGACCAGGAGGAGGAGGAGGGCUCCGUCACCGCCGGAGACGACAGCUCCGUAUCUGGGAGCAACCGCGGGAGCACCACCGUGACAGACGAAGAGCACCCGAGGAAGUCAACCUGCACCAACGCCAGCGUCGAGUCCUACAGAGGCAGCUCCGACUCUUACGCAGACAGUGACGAUGAACACGAUGGCAUGAUGGACACCGAUGAAGAAGUGACUAAUGGCAGAGUGACCCUACUUAAUGGAAAUGGACCACCAUAUUUCCAUGGCUACCUCUACAUGAAGGCUGGUCUGAUGAUCCCAUGGAGGAGGCGUUGGUGUGUGCUGAAGGAUGAAACCUUCAUGUGGUUCCGGUCCAAACAAGAGUCUCUCAAGUCCGGCUGGCUCUACAAGAAGGGAGGAGGCCUCUCCACUCUCUCACGGAGGUUGAACUGGAAGAUGCGCUGGUUUGUACUGAGGGACAACAAGCUGAUGUACUACGAGAACGACAGCGAGGAGAAGCUGAAGGGAACCAUCGACAUCCGAGCUGCCAAGGAGAUAGUGAAUAAUCAUGAAAAGGAGAACGCUCUGAACCUUGUGACAGAUGAGAGGACCUAUCAGGUGUUUGCUGAGUCACCAGAGGAUGCAAGUGGGUGGUUUAAUGUGCUCAGUAAAGUGCGCGUGUGCACUCCUGAGCAGCUGAUGGAGAUGUCCCAUGAACAGGCCAACCCAAAGAACGCUGUGGGAACUCUUGACGUGGGGCUGAUAGACUCUGUUUGUGCUUCAGACAACCCCGAUCGGCCCAACUCUUUUGUCAUCAUCACGGCCAACCGAGUGAUCCACUGCAACAGUGACACACCGGAGGAGAUGCAUCACUGGAUCAGUCUGCUGCAGAAACCCAAAGGAGACGCCAGGAUAGACGGCCAGGAGUUCCUCGUCAGGGGCUGGCUUCAAAAGGAGAUGAAGACGAAUGCUAAGAGCACCUCCCUGAAGCUGAAGAAGCGCUGGUUUGUUUUGACCCACAACUCCCUGGAUUACUACAAGAGCUCAGAGCGAAACUCCUCAAAGAUGGGAACUCUGGUCCUUAACUCGCUCUGCUCCGUCAUUCAGCCCGAUGAGCGGGUGCACAGGGAGACAGGUUACUGGAACAUCAUUGUGUACGGGAGGAAGCACUCCUACCGCCUCUACACCAAGAUGCUGAAUGAGGCCAUGAGGUGGACAGCUGCCGUACAGGGAGUCAUAGACAGCAAGACCCCCAUAGAAACCCCGACUCUGCAGCUCAUCAGAGACAUCAAGGAGAACAGUGUGAACCCAGACAUCGUGGAGCAGAUGUACAGGAGGAAUCCCAUCCUCAGAUACACUCAGCAUCCUCUGCACUCCCCUCUGCUGCCGCUCCCUUACGGAGAGGUCCCCAGUCUUCAAAGGCAGCAGGGCUAUGCCAGUCUGCAGGAUGAGGCUGUGCGAGUUUUCAACUCACUGCAGGAGAUGGAGUCGCUGGCAGACACGGUGCCCAUCAUUCAGGGUAUCCUGCAGACCUGCCAGGACCUGCGCCCUCUCAGGGAUGAGGUAUAUUGUCAGGUGAUCAAGCAGACCAAUCAUGUGCCUCAGCCUAACAGCCCAGCCAAUCGGGCACACUGGCAUCUGCUCACCUGCAUGAGCUGCACCUUCCUGCCCAGUCGAGUCAUCCUCAGAUACCUCCGCUUUCACCUCAAGAGGGUACGAGAGCGUUAUCCUGGCACGGAGAUCGAGCGUUACACCAGCUUCGUCGGGGAAUCCCUGAAGAAGACCAAGACUCGAGAGUUUGUUCCCUCUCAGGAGGAGAUCGCCGCCCUGCUGGUGAGACAGGAGAUGAGCACCACCGUCUAUUGCCACGGAGGAGGCUCCUGCAAGAUCUCCAUCAAUUCACACACCACAGCUGGAGAGGUUGUGGAGAAGCUGAUCAGAGGUUUGGCCAUGGAGGAGAGCAAGAACCUGUUUUCUCUGUUUCAACACAACGCCUGCACAGACCGAGCUUUGGAGAGCAGAGUGAUUGUGGCUGAUGUUCUGGCCAAGUUUGAGAGGUUGGCAGGCAGCGAAGAAGAGGAGGAGGAAGGAGAAUGGAAACUCUACUUCAAGCUCUACUGCUUCUUGGAUGUAGAGAGCAUGCCAAAAGAAGGAGUGGAGUUUGCUUUCAUGUUUGAGCAGGCUCACGAGUCUUUGAUAAGCGGUCACUUCCCGGCCUCAGAGGAGACUUUGCAGCACCUGGCCGCUUUACGGCUCCAGUAUCUCCACUGCGACGGGGCAGGGAGGGCCGGGUGGACCCUGGGAAAUGUUUAUCCAAUUGGACGUCUCCGCAAUCGCAUCAUCCACUCCACCAAGCCGGGCGUCGGGGCAGCAGGUGGGUCCGGAGGAGCUGGAGGAGGAGCAGGAGAUGGGAAAGGAACGGCAGGAUUACAGGGAGUUGUCGGGGUAGGGACAGAGAAACGAAGGACCCCGAGCUUCCUGGACGGCACCCUGAGGAGAAGCUUCAAGACUGGGUCCCUGAAGAAGCAGAAGGUGGAGGAGGAGCAGAUGCUGGAGAUGUGGGUGAAGGAGGAGACGUCGGCCACACGGACGAGUGUUCUGGAGAAGUGGACCCGGCUGCAGGGAAUGCCUCAGCAUCAGGCCAUGCUGAAAUACAUGAGCAUUAUCAAGGAGUGGCCUGGAUAUGGAUCUACUCUGUUUGAUGUGGAGUGUAAAGAAGGUGGUUUCCCUCAUGACCUGUGGCUGAGUGUGAGUGCUGAAAACGUGUCCGUGUACAAACGAGGUGAACCGAAGCCACUGGAGACCUUCCAGUACGAACACAUCACCUUCUUUGGGACUUCACAGCCGUGUACCUACAAAGUUAUCGUGGAUGAGAGGGAGAUGUUCUUUGAGACGCCACUGGUCGGGGAGAUCACCAAAAUCAUGAGGGCCUACAUUAACAUGGUGGUGAAGAAACGUUGCAGCACCAUGUCAGCGACCAGCAUAACCAGUUCCUGGGCCAGGUGAUUGCCACAAAUCAGUCAGAGCCCUCGGUUCAUCCAGUGGCAUCAGAUGCCUCGAGCCACAUGCAUCGGUUGGUUUUUUUUUUUUAAUGGAGGCAGUCGCACCAGCCAGCUAUUCCUCAAAGAAGAGUGGUGGAUGAUCGAACGGGGAAAAGCAAGAUAGAGGUGGACACAGCAGCCAAAUGCACACUCUACUGGCCUGGGUCUCACUUGGGAUAAGGGGGGGGGGGGGGGGAUGAGGGAUCUAUUUAGAAAUGCGCAUGACAAAGAAAACAACCUGUAUUUCGGGACGGCCUAUUCACAUACAUAACCUGCCAGUUCUAGUCCUGCAUGUAGAUGUUCAAGCACAAACUAUUCACCGUUUCCCUUUCCGGACUUAACUCAUGAAUAAUAAGCACAACUCCGCCGUCCAGUCUGUCCCAAGUACCCCACCCACCCACCCUACCCCCAGUGCACUGCCAGACAGAAGAAAGCCACACUUUCUCAGUUAAAUCUCUUUCUUUCUCACUUGUCCGAUUUCAAGAGUCUCUCUCUUUUUCUUCACGUGUCCCCGCUCUGUUUGCUGUCGGUAUUGAGUUAUUAUGCUAAAUUCUUGCUUGCUUUCUCUCUGUUGUUCUCUCUCUGUCGUUUAUCCCUCACAUCAGCUGUGUCACAUCUGUUUAUGACUGAGAAAAAGGAUUCGAUGCUGAUUGUUCUUCAGGCUUCUAAAGGGGACAAUGAGCUCCCUGCCCUACAUAGUGUUCACUCGCUCACUCGUCAGUGCCACCGUGUGGCCACAAGAAGAAGACAAAGCCAAAGGAAAUGGCUUUAAAUAUUGCUGAACAAUAUCAAAUAGAUAUUCUUGAGAACAAAAGAGUAGAGGUUUUGCUUUGGAGGCUCUUUAACUUAACACAGAGAGUCAGUGCAUGGUUAACAGCCUCACUCGGCUCUACAAGGAGAACAAUAUCAACCAGAAUAGUAUGAGUCUAAACCUUUCCCUAUCUAUGUCUACAUUUAACACACACUACAUAUAUCUACUGUAUAUUCACAUACAUGUACACAUAAACUGAACCAACAUGUAUUGUUUUGUACUGUAUAUCACACAUUAUAAGAGUUAUUAUUGAAUCUUUCAGUGGCCACUGCACUGUACAGUAUAUAGAUGCCAUACUAAAUGCAAUGUGAGACCUCUCGUGUAAAAUACAUGCAAGUGAAUGGUGUGAAUAAUGACCACUGUAUUUCCGGAUGUGAUGCCAACACUGUACAUCAUUCACUGGCUGUGCCAUUAAUGUGACUCACAGAGAAAUGAAUAGGAAAAACACAGACUAUAAUGAGACGGGCUGCUGUGGUGGUCGUGUUUCCACAGUGUUUGAAUUGUUUUAUCAUUGUUGUUGCCUGUGGUACUCACUCUGCAGCAUUAAUUGGAGCCAUACAAUAUUAUAUAUCCUUGUCUGCUCAUGCUAUUCUCACUUUAUUUCUUUAUUAAGAUCAGUGACUUGAACAACAACGCGAGCUCCAGUUCGUCUGUGUUUCCAACCUGUUUAUGAACAUGUGACUUUUAUUACUGAUACUACUAGUAUUACUGUACUGUAUGCCCUCUGCUAUCUUAACCACCCUGAAGUGCUGUGUCUGGAAUGCUGCUGUGUGUGUGUGCGCGUGAGUGUGUGUGUGCGUAUGAGUGUGUGUGUGUGAGUUUGUGAGUGUGAGUGUAUUUAUGGUGUAACAGUUUGAAAAGGAAAAUGAGAAAAGAGAAAUAAGAAGUGUUUAUGAUGAGUAUAUUCCUUGAAAAUAAGACGUAUUUACAUGAAUAACCUUUGCAAAGAACAGUGUCGUGCUGUGAGUUAAAGGGGAAAGCAUGGGAUUAUUAGGGCUAUAGGGGUUAUUUAAUUAUAAUUGUACUGUAUGUAUUGCAAGGUGUGUUUGAGAGUAUAAUGUAUAAAAAA